CAUCGUUCUCUUUUGCUCUUCCUUCGUUCCUCUCUCUCUCUCUCUCUCUCUCUCUCUCUCCAAACCCUAAGCUCCAGAGGUGCUCCAUCGCUUAAUUUUGAGCAUUUCUCAUCCCCGGCGGAGCUCCGUUGAGAAAUCUCGUUGGGAAACUCUGAUCCUCGGUGAAGCAGCUGUUCUUUCGCUUUCGCCAUGAAUCCGGAGUAUGAUUAUUUGUUCAAACUUCUGCUUAUUGGAGAUUCUGGAGUUGGCAAAUCAUGUCUCCUUUUGAGAUUUGCGGAUGAUUCAUACUUGGAGAGCUACAUCAGCACAAUUGGAGUUGACUUUAAAAUACGCACUGUUGAGCAGGAUGGGAAGACCAUAAAACUCCAGAUUUGGGAUACUGCUGGGCAAGAGCGGUUCCGAACAAUCACUAGCAGCUAUUACCGAGGCGCACAUGGAAUCAUUGUGGUUUAUGAUGUGACAGACCAAGAGAGCUUCAAUAAUGUAAAGCAAUGGUUAAAUGAGAUUGACCGUUAUGCCAGCGAAAAUGUCAACAAGCUCCUUGUUGGAAACAAGUCUGAUCUUACAGCUAAUAAAGUUGUAUCAUAUGAGACUGCUAAGGCAUUUGCUGAUGAAAUUGGCAUCCCAUUCAUGGAGACAAGCGCAAAGAAUGCUACUAAUGUAGAGCAAGCCUUCAUGGCCAUGGCUGCAUCAAUUAAGAACAGGAUGGCGAGCCAACCGGCUUCAAACGCCGGCAGACCUCCCACCGUCCAGAUCCGUGGUCAGCCCGUCAAUCAGAAGACCACCUGCUGCUCGUCUUAACUAUUCAACUCUUUUUUAUUUUUCCUUUUUGUUCAGUCUCUUGUCUAUUCUGUUACUUUGCUUUUGUGGUCGUUUGUAGUAUCUGCCCCUCAUAUAAGUUCAUUCUUUCCAAACUGUAUCUCUUCCCUGAUGAUAGCACUUGAUUUCUUUUAUUUUUCCUUGUUAAACAGACUCUCAUGCAUCAAGUAUUAUCCUUAGUGUCUUUUGUUGCA